CAUGGCACGUCAGUUGCUAGAGAAGCUGCCAGAUCCCGCACUACUCAACGUGACCGACGAUUGGGGAUACACCCCUCUCCAUAGCGCAGCAGAGGAGAACAAGACGGACAUCUGUCGUCUUCUACUGGCCGCCAACGCUAAUAUUCGUAUCAAAGACACGUUUGGUAACACAGCACUGCAUCUUGCUGCCAGUGGAGGCUCCACAGACGUCUGCGAGCUGCUCGUGUCUCGUAGAGCGCCGCUGGAUGUUCGAAACGACGCUGGAAAUACAGCAUUGCAUCUUGCGGCGAGCAGAGGUCAUAUUGACAUUGUGGAAAUGCUUGUUGUGGCAGGAGGUGAUGCAUCUCUUACCAACAGUGAGCAAAAAACUGCUCUGAAACUUGCAGAAAAUAAGAAGCAAACUGCAGUAGUCUAUUACUUGAGAGGAGUUGAGAAAGAGCAAAUUAGUUCUGUGUAUGAUGAAAUCAAAGCAAGAGAAAGUGAGAUGGUGGAAGCUUAUCAGAACGCAGUUGUGGAAGCAAGACAUCGACUCUUCAGAGCAAGAGUAUUUACCAUCUGCCCACCCCAGUCAACAGAUGAUCUAUCUAUUCAUGACUGUCUUGUCUUACAUCAUGAAGCAAGUAACCAACCACCACCACCACCACCACCACCACAUCAUCAUCAUCAUCAUCAUCAUCAUCAUCAUCAUCAUCAUCAUCAUCGUACUAUUCACAUUGAUCCUGUUACAUAUAAUGUCACAGCUAACCAAUCAACACCCUGGGAAGCCCCAGCUCAUAGCAUUAACUCUCAAAUAGAAGUCUACAACAAAGCAGUAGCUCAAUCUGUCAUGCAGGAAAUGCUCAAGCAAUCUCCUAUAUUGAAAGCCAACGUCAGCCAACAAGACCUCAGACGCAAGGCUGCAGCUGAGAGGCGAGAACGGUAUGCUAAAGAGUCAAAGAAGGCACAAGAAAUAGCAUCAGUAAUAGAAGAAGAAACUAAAGAUUUCCCUGUAGGUGAAUCACAGAGUGUUGAGGAGUCAAGUCUUCCUGAUUUUGAUGUCAUCAGGUCAAAAACACAAGAGAGCAUCAGCCAAGCCACUCCUCUUGUGGCAAAAGGUAUUCCUGAAAACGUGCAGAAGCACAUCAUUGAAAUGUGGAGAGAAGUGAAAAAGACAGGGAAUACAGAUAUUGUAAACGAAGUGAGAGAUGGAAAUCAACCACCACCGCUCUCACUGUCCGUCUGGGAAGUGAGAAUGAAUGCCAACAGCGCUCUGAGGAAAGUUGUCUGGCCAAUAUUCUUCACUCAUAAGGCACUUUACGCAGCAGGUUAUGAUCUUACUCAAGCAUGGAAUAGUGAGAGUAAGCAUCCAAGCAGCAUAACUCAUCAAAGAAAUGCUGGUCGUAAUGUGGAUGCUUACCUUCGUAAUCUCUGCUCCAUUGUAGCUCAAGUCCCUCCUCAUCAUUUUUCAUGGUUUGGAAUCAAUCACAAGACACAGCACUUUGCACCUCCAUUUGCAAUUGUAGGCAUGCACAAGGAGAUUAGCUCCAGCACUGACAUGGUCGCUCGUGCAAACCUUGAGCAAGUCCAGAAAAAGGUAAUGGAUUCCCCUGUCUCCCUACACAUCCCAGAUUGUGGAGAGUUUGUCUUCUCUAUACCUGGUGAUCAAGCUUCAAGGAUACUACGAUGCUACAUCGAUCAAACACUAAGAAAGGAGUCGUUCUGUGGAGAAGCUGUUUCAAUUUGUAAUCUGUUGUUUGAGCAAUGCAUUGAUGCUCUCAAAGCAGUCAAGACGAAAGCACUGCCAUAUGACAGACUUGUAAAGCAAAUAGGAAUGAAAGCUGUCAAAGCAUCCCAUGUCACAAUUGACCGAAUCUUGGUGCAUUGUCAUGACUCUGGCUACCUUUUUCAUUUCUCAAAUUCCCCAAUCUUACAAUCAGUUGUGUUCUUGUGCCCUCAGUGGCUCAUUGAUCUUCUUGAUGCAGUCCUCAGCCAUACAGCAGUACAGUCAAUCAUCGACAAGUGCCAGCAAAGAGGAGAAUCAGUUCAGAAUCGUGAAGUAAUUGAACUCCAAGAGACUGGACGAAUUGAUGAGUCAUUGCUGAAGGCAAUUAGUGAUCAGUUUGGAGUAGAGGAUGCACUGGAGAAUAUGUCUCUAUGUGAUGUGCUGGAGGGAUUUGAUCUUCUUGUUAAAGCCCCAAAUGGUGACUGUUAUAUACCACUUCUUGCUGGCUGCCAAACACCAACUUUCUCUAAUGAUCACAUCAUUCAUGGCUGUGUGAAGUGCUAUGAUACUUACUGUCCAUUUUCUCUUUUCUAUUACCUUGCUGGUGCUUAUCUUUUACGACACUUUUGUAAACACAACAAAUUCCGUCUUUUUAAUAAAUGUGUGAUCAUGAAAGUGAGAGACAAUAUGGAACUUACACUGAUCGAGCAUCUUGAUCAUAUUGCUAUACUACUGUUUCGAAUGGAAGACCAACACAUAGCAGACAAUGAAGUUGAACACAACAGAAAUACGGCAAAAACAGAAGAAGAUCUGAAACAGGUGUGUGAGGAAGUGAAUCAAGCUAUUGAAGAAGGAAUAGCACUGGUGAAAUCCCGUUGGAUCCCUGGCUUGUUAGCUCAACUAGAGGAGCCAUUACAAUUUAAAACAUAACGUUA